AAAUUCUCAUCCUAGAUGAACGAGAUGCAUAAUGCAUGCACAGUAUAUAUAUAUAAAACAUUUUUCUGCCGACUGACAAGUCGGAAAGUGUUUUUUUCACGAUGCAUUGCAGUUGAAAUAAAUUUCUUGUACGUGCUGCGCGCGUUCAUUUUUCAACGCAAUUUCUGCAUUCUGGAGUCGGGAUUAUUUUUUGAUUACCAUUCGGAUGGUAUCAAUUUAGUCGAGUGAUAUUAAUUGGUAUACAUGAACAUUGUGAUAAUUAUUACAAACUGUGGAUUCGUAUUAACUGUGAGAAAAUAUUUAUUUUAGUGUUUUGUAUACAUGUAUCAAGAAAAUUUAAGUUUAUUUUUUUACAUAGGAGAUUAAAGAAUUUAAUAGCGAGAUCCGGACCGGCCAAUAACAUGAUAUGGACUGCUGACGUCAUAAAAACUGGAUUUUUAUUAAAAUACAUUCAUAUACGGACCGAUCAACUUUAUAUACACAAAGAAGGGACACAUUAAUGUAAGAUGAUUGCAGAGGGCGAAAAUAAUUUGGACAUCCUUGGGUUUACGAGAAGUGCAUUUACAGAAUCUCACGCUUGGGUCAUUCCAUGUUUCGGCAAGGUCAAACUACUAUACAGAAUGUAAGGAAACAGGAAUGAAAUGAGUGAGGUUGUUAAAAGCCACUUUCCCCCUUCUAAAUAAUGUAUCGCCCAGGUAUGGGUGUCGAUCCAUGGUACGAGAAUUUCAAAUUCUUUCUCACCUACUGGCUACUCUCAAAUAACAAUCGAGAUCGUAUGGGCGAUGCUGAUCAGCUGCCGCCCAUUCCCCCAGGGGGUCAUCCACAGGGCCCACAUCCUUACCUGUCCCCACCUCAACACAAGCCCAAUGGUGGGGACCAGUCCACACACAACCAGUCUGGAGGGGGUCAGACGUCAUCAGCAAAAUCCCCCUCAGGUGCUCCCCCUAGCUCAAAUGGGAACAACCCACCACAGAUUAACUGGGACAGCAUUGACAAGCCGCCCCCACAUUCAGCAAUGGACUCUCCAAGGCAGACACAGAAUGGUCCGCCAUCUUUGUCGGAGAGCUUUAAUGGUAACCUCGGAGGUUUCAAACAUCCAAUGUCUCAUGGAGGCCACCACAACAAUUUGCCGCACCCUGGCAACCAUAUUGGUCACCAUGGCAAUGGACAUGGCAACGGAGUUUUGCCAGAACACAUCAUUGUUGACAAAGACAGACGGCACGUUUGCCCACAUUGCUACAAAGGGUUUCGCAGUCGACAACAGUUGAACCAACACAACCUUGUACAUUCGGGACUUCGAAAAUACCACUGUCUGUACUGUGAGCGAGCCUUCAAGCAACUCUCACAUCUCCAACAACACCAUCGAAUACACACAGGAGAGAAGCCGUACCGUUGCCCUCUGGAUGGGUGUGAUAAAGCGUUUGCUCAGAUGUCCAAUCUUCAGCACCAUAUGCGACAACAUGACAAAACCACAUUCGGACAGAAACAGUGCAUGUGUCCGUUCUGCGACCGGGGUUAUGCGAGCGAAAAGAGCCUCAAAUCCCAUCUCAGCAAGAUGCAUCCAGAUUCCAAAUUUCUAGGCUUGGGGGGCCAAAGAAGUGGUCUGCCGUUGAUGGAGGGUCAAGGUCAUCCAAUGUUGGGCGGACCCCAGGCCCCAAUGUCACACCACAACUCACUACCCAUGAUGCAUCCGGGCAUGAAAUCACCCCUUACACCCCCUGGGGGUCCCCUCGAGUUGACAGUCAAUGCUCACCAGAGAAACAACCUUGGACCUGAGGGACGGAAAUAUAGUCUCGAUUCAAAUAAGUUCCCUAUGAACAGCGAUUUGCCACAUGACAGUAAAAUAUUCCAACGAAGUUUAUCGGAACGUAUACCAGAACGAAGUCACGAUAAACUGGACAGUAUGCUUGAUCAGAGAUUUGGGUUCCAAAACCAUUUCCGGGAUGUAAACCGGUUUGGUGAUAGAUCGUUUGAACCAUUUUCCCCCAGUCGAUUACACGAGGCCGUGAGAUCAUUCGAUUUUAAAGACAUCGAGGCGAAGCUGUUUGACCCCAGCAUGAGUGGGGAAAAAUUCCAAAGAAUGGCUGAAAAUUUUAACGAGUUUCGAUCACGAUUUCAAGAUCAGAUGUUUCGAAGGGAUGGAAGUAGACAGGGUGGGUUUUUGCCAGACGGAAGAAACAUGAUUCAAGAAAUGAAUGAUAGGAAUGCCUUCUUCAACUCGAGAAACGAAAACAUUGAUUUGAGUCAUAGGGACAGAUAUGAAAUUACUCGGAAUUUCAACAGCAUGAACAUGAACGAUGUUGAUGGUUUCGGGGCAAAUCGGCAUGACCCGCUUAGAAUGCGGAGCCGAAAUGAAAUGGAUAGUAGGAAUAACAUGAGCAGCCCUGAUUAUAACAGGGGUCGUGAAAGUGUCAGUGAUAAUGUUAACAUGAGUACUGGGAUGGAACGGCAGAUUGACAUUCAACGUAACGGUCUGAAUCUUGAUCAGAACAACAUGUCAGUACGAAAUAAUUCUGCUCAACCUGAAGUUAUGAUACCGAGAUCUAGUGAUAUGUCAUCACAUGAUAAUGUAUCAAUGUCAAAUUCGCAACGAGGGAAUGUGUUAUCUGGGAGUGAGCGUGAUUUAAUGGCAAUGAGGGCGGGAAGGAUGGAAACAUCUGCGGAAAAUGAAAUGAUGGGAAUGCGUUCUGGACAUCGGAGCAGCAUCGAUGCAGCUGAAAAUGACAUGAUGGCUCUACGACAACAACAGAGCAACGGUAUCGAAGUUUCUGGUGAGUCUGAUUUGAUGGGUUUAAGGCAAGGGGGAUCAAGAAGUGGCUUAGACUCGAGAAAUGGCUCAGAAUUAAUGAACAUGAGGUCAGCUCAUGGAAAUGGCAUGGACACGUCUAAUGAAACGGAAAUGAUGGCUUUACGUGCUCCACGUACAAGUAUGGACAUGAAUGUGUCAAACCUACGAAUGAUGUCUAGUCAGAUAGAUAGAAAUGAUGUUCGAAAUAACUGUAAUAGCAUGAUGAGUCCAAACGGGAAUAUCAUACUCGGAGGAAAUGCUCGUAACAACGGCAAUGUACCUAUGGAUAUGGUCGAUAGAAAUGGGGAUAGGCCUGAUCAUGGGUAUGAAAACCGAAUGCAGAGUUCGGAAAUGCAGAAAUCAUCGUCUGAUUUUAGUAUGAUGGAUCGAGGAAGCCUGACUAUAAACCACGACAAAGACAAAAUUCAAAGAUCGGAAGAUGUUGUAAUGGACAGUAAUAUAAACAUUGGGAAUAUAGAAAACGAUGGAAAUAAUAUACAACGGAGAAUUGCAAUGGGAAAUCUCUGCAAUGACAUAGAUAUGGCACCAGGAAACCAGAACUAUACCGAGAAAGGGGACGUUCACAGCCAAAGUCGGGAAAUGAUUAUACAUGAAAAUAUGAAUAUGCCGAGAUCUAGUAGUAGUAUGUCUCAACAAAUUGGUCAUCAUGGAAGCGGGAAAGAAAAUCAGCAAGAUCGUGUAAUGAGCGACGCAGAUAUUGACUUUGAAAGUCGUAACGAAGAUAAAAACUCAUCAUCACCGACAAAUCUGUCUGAUCCAAACAUGAUCCGACAACGAAAGCAAAGAAAGCCAACCAAUCCCCAGCAUGUUUUUAUGCCGACGAUCGACCACUACACAAGUUUUGCAGUAGAUGAAGUAGAAGAGUGCUCAGCCCUGAUUUAGGCAUAGGCAAAACACUUCUUUGUAGUUUGUUAUUUGCAUAGGUAAAACCUGUCUUAGCAGGUUGUUAUAGCUAGGCAUAAGUAAAACAUGUCUCAAUGGCUAAGUUUUGUUUAGACAUAGGAAAAACAUUUAUCACUGUGAAUUGAAACCUGACUUUAGUGCUCAGCUUUUGUUAAUGAUAAUUUUGUUUAUAUAUUGUGAAUGAGAUGUAAUAUGAGUGAGGCUUCUGUACAUUUUGAGUGCUUAAAAGCAUAUAAAAUGGUGUACAUUGUAACAUGACUGAAUUAUUUAAUUGUAAAUGAAAGGUAAUAUUCAUAGAAUAUUACGACUUAAUUGUCAUUCAUUUAUAAAGAAUGAAAAAAACAAGGAUGUUUAUUUUUUCAUGUGUAAAUGUCUGGCAAUAUAAUUGCCAUGAGUAUGAUUUGAAAUUUAUUUAGUUGUUAUCAAGGAAGUUUUUCAUCUCUUUUACAAUUAAGAUUUCCAUUUCAUGGUGCCAUUAGGGGUAAUGUUAAAUUGUUGAUGCUUUGUGACCCCAUAUAAUUUAGUUAUAAUUUUAAUGGGUAUUCCUUACUGAUAACUUGUAUGUAAAAUAAUGACUGAAACAUACAUGCCACAUCCCCCAGUGGGGGGGGGGGGGGGGAAUCCCCCAGAAUUUCGAUCCUCCCCUCUGUCUCUCUGCAUGACCGUUUCAUAAGAAUAUGAUGAUACAUAAAAUACUUCUGUAUGCCCAUAACAGGUUAAGGUUUUCAUAGCUAUAAUUAUAUGUGAAUACAUUUUUUCGUACUUGCAUCUAAAAUUAUUUUGAUAUUUCGCCAAUUUAGACCUGCUAAAAAAUCCCCUGAAUACUACCAAAAUCACCCUGAAUAAUAAGCCAAAAAAUCCCCUAGAAUGGUCUGCAGAAAUAUGGCAUGUAUGGACCUAAAUGACUUGAUACAUAAAAUAAUGCAGUUUGUACUUAUAUGUUAUAUUAACUGGCAUUGGACAUGCAGAAUUGACUAUUUUGCAAUUUUUCAAGGCCAAAACAUCUUGUUUGUAAUAUUGUUUUCAGUGUAUUAUUUUAAUUUUUUUUUAAUCAUGAAACCAUUCCAACAGAUACAAAAAUAAUAUGAGGUCACCUUGGCCGUUAUUAAUAAAACAUCUUAAGUUAUUUCUUAACUUAAGUCAUUUUUAUUUUAUUUUUUCUAAAAUUCAAAUUUAAAGAAAUAUGUAAGUGUAUAUUUCUUAACUUAAGUCAUUUUUUUAUUUUUUUAUAAAAUUCAAAUUUAAAGAAAUAUGUAAGUGUAUAUAACAUAAAAGUAUGUAUUUUCAAGAAAGGCAUUGACAUUAAAAGAAUUCAGAAAAUGUUAAGCCGUUAUCUCAUAUGAUUAGAGAGAUACUAGUCUUAAAAGAAAUGACUUAAGUUAUGAAAUGACUUAAUAUGUUUUAUAAGUACUACCCCUGCUGGCAUCCAAAAAAUCACAUAAUUGUACAUUAGUUACGCGAAUAAGUUCAUUGGCUACUUUCAUGUCACUAUAAUAUGGCUUUAAAGGAACUCGCUCAUGUUUUUUCCCGGCAAUGCAUCUGAAAACACUUAUAUUAUCAUUAAUCUACCCUCUGAUAUCGAAUUUGCAUAAAAAUUUCAAUUAUAGUAUAAAAAAAGUGUUUUGGUUUUGGUGGGGUGCAAAUAAUGAAAAUUUUGGUCUUCAAAGAUGAUAUUUGAUCAAAUAUCAACAUAUUGCUGAAGGGUUCUUGCUUUCGAUUUCUUUAAGUUUUAACACUCCUUAUGAUUUGCCACACUUAAAUUCAUCUUACAAAAAAGUGCAUUUUACAAAAACAUGAGCGAAUACUUUUAAAGCAAGAUUGUUGUGCUUUAGAUAUUGUUAUUGUUAUUGUUUUUUUCUUAAUUCAGAAGUAAAAAAAUAAGAAAAAAUAAGACUAAAUAUUGUCAGAACUUUUGGCUUUCCUUAUUUCUUCCAGAAACAUCCAGAAAAUUAAAGCAGACAUAUAUUUUUAUGCUAACAUUUAAAUGUUUAAACUCUUUUAUAAUCUAUGGUUUUAACUUUUUUUUUGUUUAUUUUGUUUAGUUCUAUAAAGAUAAAAAAAUGUAGUCUAUAGCGCAAUUCAGUAGUUUGAAAGGAAACAUUUUACCUUGCAAUUCCAUUUUGUUUAUAAUGAUUAAAUAUUUACAGUGUCUGAAAGUAUUUGUUCAGUAAAUGUACUUAAAUGCUUCUAUUACAAUAAAACAUUUGUUGAAAAGGAAACGCUUGCUAUUUUCUGCAUUAUUGAAAAUAAAAGCAUUUACAUAAAAAUAAUGCAUUCUAGUCUCCAUUUGGAAACGCUGUAUUUAGAAACGUACCAUUAACAUGAAAUAAAAUCUCUAUACCUUUUAGUCUGUUGCACGAUAUGUUUUUAUAUAAUUUUGUUUCUCAUUUUCUGCUACGGUUUCAAAUAAUGAACAAUGUUUCCAUGGAAACGGAUUGAAAAACAUUUUAUACAUGUUAUUAAGGUGCAGCUUGACAAAAAAUCUACUUUUUCCGCGUUUUAUUAAUUAAAUUAUAUUUCCGCAUUUUUUAAAGAAAUCAUAAUUUUAUGAUGUGACAUUUAUAAGUGUUCAUGUCUAUGUGCUAACUUCAUUGAUCUUCUAUUGAUGACACAGUUUUCUGUAUUUUUAGAUAUUUUGAUAUAAAUAAGUUAUCAUAUAUUUUCACAACAUCUAAAUGUCCGUACUUGUUGAACUUUUAAACCUUAAUGAAUAUUUUUAUGUAUGUAAAUAGAUAUUUAAAAUAUAAGAAUUAUGUUUCAUUAUAUUUUUAAUGUAUUAUAAUUAACCAAACAUUUUUGUACUUGUCUCAUUUAAACUGUUGCCUAGCAACAAUGAAAUGUUGCAUAGCAACCAAAUGUUAACUCAUACUCAUUACAUUUUACCUGAUAGUUGCAUAGCAACGGUAGACAUUUUAUGUUGCCAAGCAAAUUAAAUAUUUAAACAGUUGCAUAGCAACCAUGUUUUAGGUAAAUAUGAAUGCUUUCAAUUGAUACUCUGUAUUAAACAUUAACUUUUUUAUACAAAAAGAUAAUUUUUGAGAAAAAAUGCAGUUUUUACAUCAUUUUAAAUGAUGAAUAAGCAUAUUGUGAUUCUAGUGCCAUAGAGGAUGAAUUGCAUUUUUAGCUUUUAAUGGCUUAAAGCCGAAUAUCAUCUUCAUGUUUAAUGUUUGUGCAGUGAAAAUGUUUCUAUAUUAUCGCCAUGGAGCAAUAUUUGCUUCUCAUUAUAUUUCAUAACAAUCAUCAAAUUAGCAUAUACUUUUCAUCGCUUUUAAAUGGUUCUGAUAUUGGCAUAUAUUUAGUGCUCCAUAAUUUUAUGAUAUAAUAAACAUAAUAUUUACUUCUUUCUGUAUUUUUAUGUUUCAUUUUUCAUUAUUUAUUUUUUUCAUAUAAAAGUCUCCUGUUUUUUUGUUAAUUAAUAAAUUUUAAUAAUAAUUUUCACUGAGGUGCAUAACUUUCAAGAUUUCUCUCCGAUAAAUGUCUGUGAAGCUCUGAAAUUUAAGUAACCAAUUUCUAAUUUAGAACAUUUAUAAUAUGUAUUAUACAAUAUUAAUGUUUUCCUCAUAUACAUGUUAAUGUAUUCUGCAUUUUGCUGCUCUUAUUUCAACAAAAUUAUCUGAAUGUAGUACCAAAAAUAUAUUUAUGAGUGAAUUUGCAGAAAAAAAUUGCCACACACUGAAUUGGGUCUUAUAGAAACUAUGGAAAAAAAUAAUAUCAGUUUUUUGGCAUCACAUCAAAUUAGUUGUUUACAAGAAGAAGCGUAAACUACCAGACAUGUAGCUAGACUGUAAAAAUAAGUCUCUGAAGUGGCGUGCACCAUAUGAGCCUCUGUUCUAUAUUUAGUCACUGGAAACUAUGAAGUUAUUUUACCCAAUUACAAAUAAACUACAAGACAUUUUUCUGCUUCUAGCAGUACGUAUAUUACAUAAUGAAGUAACGUAUAUUACAUAAUGAAGUAACGUAUAUUACAUAAUGAAGUAACGUAUAUUACAUAAUGAAGUAUACAACAACAAAUAUACAACAAAUCUGGAAUUCUUUUUAUUACCAAGAAAGCAAUUAAUUUUGUAGCACUUUAUUCAAUUCUUAGGAUUUUUAUGCAGGUAUUUAGUCUGUAUCAGGACAUGAACUAAUGACUCUAAACUUAUUAAAAAUGCAGCCUUUUUUUAAACAUAUAUCAACCACCAUUUUGUUUAUAAGGCACUGGCUGACAUCAUUUUUAUAAACCCUAACCCUACUAUACUAUUUAAAUAGGUUACACAACACUGAUAUAAAACACAACAUUUUUUUUGCUUUAUUAUUGAAGCCAAGGGCUUAUUGUGCAUCCAAGAACACAUGUAUAUGGUAUUGCACUUCUUCAAAAAUCAUUUACACUCCAUAAAAUGAUACAUAUUGAUUUUAUGUUAUUAUUAUUUUCCAUUUCUUAUGUUCUGAAUUUGUUGUUGUUGAUUUUUUUCCAUACAAGUACACAAAAUGUCUUACAUUUUACAUCAUACAACAUUGCCAGUAGUAAUUUAUGUAUAUAUUUUAAAUGAUUAUUACAUAUGUGUAUUAAUUUGAUAGUGCUUAUUUAGUUCCUAUAUUACCAUGUAAUAUGUAAAUGUUGUACUUUUAUGUACUGCUAUUUAAUGUAUCAUUUAAUGUAUCGUUCAAUAAUGAUCACUUUAAGAAUGUGUUUUUUUAUUGCAACUGCUUUUUAUUUAGUCCAUGCUUUUGAGGACUCUAAAACGAUUGUUUUUAUUUAUAUAUGUUGUGUUUGUUGGCUAAAAAAUGGUGAAGAAUGUUGCGUUUAAUUGUCAUGUACCAUUCCUUGAAUUUCUGUUGAAAAUCACACUAAUUGUAUGUUGUUAUAGUUUCAAAACUGUUUAUCAUAGGUCUUGUGUUCAAUUUUUGUAAAAAAAAAACAUUCAAAUGCUUAAUAUGCUUUUUUUCAUUUUGAAGUAUUUUUUUUCCUUCAAGAACAAGCCUAGCUUACAUAUACUGAGGCAUGAAAAUAUAGGUUUAAUUUCAAUAUUCUAAUUUAAAAGUAGAUUUUCCAUUGUCAUAGAAAAAUAAAUAUAUGGUCAAACUUUCUUUGUAAUACUUUUUGAUGUUUUGCCUUCAUAUAACAAUAAACAGAGGAUAGUUGUUUCAGUGUAAGAUCGUGAUAUAUUUUAAUGAGGUAGCGCCCAAACGCUAUAUUUCGAGAGCGGCAUAGCAACGAGUGAAAUAUUUACUUUUGGUGUUCAAAAGGUGAAACAUAUUGCAAUUUUACACUGAAACAAACAUUAUGCCUAAAAAGGAUAUAAAAUUAUAGUAAUUUUUUUUUCCUCAGAAAACCGAACCAAAAUUUAUGUGAAUUUAAUAUCAUUUCAGAAAUUUGUGUCCCAGCCCAUAAUGCAUGCUGAUGUUUGAUUUGGAAUUGAGAGUGGGCUCAAUUUUCAAAACAGUGAGCAAUAACAAAAAAAUUAUAAUAUACUGAUAAAUAUUUAUAAAACAUCGCAAAAAACAUAUAAUAAAUGAAUUCAAACAGACAGAAAGUCAUAAAAAUAAUAUCAUGAAACAUUUUUCUUAGUUGUAACUACACAAAGAAAACUCCUUGGAUGGCCUUGUUAUUAUAAUGAUAAUAAAUUGUAAUAGAUUAGAAAAACAUCUCUACAUAUUUGCGCUGCUGGUCGAAAACCAAAUUUUAAUGCAUAGCUGGUCGAAAACCAAAUCAACAUGCGCGGCUGGUUGAAAUUGAAAUUCACAUGUGCCGCUGGUCGAAAAACCAAAUUCACAUGCAUGGCUGGUUGAAAACCAAAUUCACAUGCGUGGCUGGUCAGCACUCAAACCGCAUACUUGAUACGCAAUUCCAUGAAAUCUUCUUUUGCAUUUGUUAUUUAGGCAAAACAUCUUUUUGUAGUUUUUUUGCGGAUAUCCGACAAGGCCUUCAUUUAGCCAUUAAUCUCGUUAAUGAGAUUUCUAAACCAUUAUCAAUAUCUUUCUUUCAUGGAAGUAACUUUGUUUGAUGUUGGUGCUUUUGCUAGUUAUAAUGUUUACUUUUUCCAAAGUCUGGUAUUAUAGUACAAAAAAAAAUGUCUCGAGUUGUUACAAAUGCCUGUUUUAAAUUCAAAACUAAAAAAGUAAGUUAAAUCGAAUCAAACUGAUUAAUUGCAGGUGCUUUUUACCAGACUUGGGGAAAAAAACGUAUUUAUUAAAAUGCCUGAUUGUGUUCUUGAGAUAAAAAGAUUUGGAUUAUUAUUACUCUCUGUGAUUUUGCCGACACCUAACUGAAUAGACUUUAGGGGACUCUAAACAACGCACUUAUCUUACGUUCACUUUUUUGUAUCAAAAUUUCUGAGUAGUAACGUCUUUAUUUGUUAGUUUAGGCAAAGAUUGUAACCAUUUUUUUUAUUUGUGUCAUCCACUCAAUAUUGAACUAAAAUUCGUGAUUAUACAUUUUUUUAUAUGUUCCUUGAUUAUUAAAGAUGACCCUUUUUUUCAGAACUAAAAUGUUUACUAGGUUUCGAAUAUAGUUGGCAUGUUCCAAGCUGUACAAAUAAUGAAAAUAGACUAUGUAUUCAAUGUAAAUUUAUUUUGCAUCAAAAGCGUAUAUUAAAUAGUUUAAAAAAAAUCUUUAGUGUGAGUCCAUAACAUCAGAUAGUUUCAAAACACCACCCUUAAAUUCAGUAGUUAAUUAAAGUGAUACACAAGUAAAAGUUGUUGCACACCACACACAAUCCAAAUUAUUGAAUUUGUACACUCAAGUUCUUCAAUCGGACAUUUGAUCAACCACAAGGGUAGUAGGUGACAUAACUGUUCUGUACCAUGUUUUCAAGCGAAAUGUUCAAUAACUAGUGUGCGGUAUAGUGAAUAGCAUUGUGAUUUAUCUGCAUGCUAGUUACUGAAUGGUUAAGGCUAUUCAUUACCUUUCCGAUACAGGAGUUAAUGUAUAAACGAAAACGAAAGUAAACACUCUCAACCAAUAUUCAUUCUGAGCCAUUUAUAGACAAAGAAGGUACCUAAUUAAUAAAUAGAAUGGGUUGUUUGUACUGGUGGCAGGUGCUUGGAAUUAUCGAAAAACUGUCAAAGAUUGAAUUCCUAAAGAUCAACAUUAUUACCCUAAUUUUCUACAAUGUUCCUUAUAAUAAAAUAAACCUUACUUUUCCAAGUUUUUUUAUUGAGUUGUGCCUGUUGUCAUAGCUUUAGUGUAACGUAUGCAAAUACAUGAGUGAUAAUAUUCCAUUAAGAAUAAGUCUUAUUUUUGCACAAUAUACGUAAAAUAACUUUCAGUUAAUUAAAUGAUGACCUUGACCUAAAUAAUGUUCAUAUUAUUAUCACCUUGACCUAAAUAACAGUCAUUUUAUUACGACCUUGACCUAAUUAUGGUAAUUUUAUUAUGACCUUGACCUAAAUAAUGGUAAAUUAAUUUGUUCAUGUCCGACAAAAAUAUGCCACACUGUGUUUAUUGUCUUAUCAGAUAUAUGGCCUUGACAUGCUGAUUUCUAAAAAUAAAACAUCUUAGGUAAUUUUCUGUUUUUUUAAUGCAAUUGAAUAACUGGAAAAUAUUAUUAAACUUAGGAUUUUCAUUUUUUGCCAAUAUAUAAUCUUUAAUAAAAGACUCCAUUAGGUAAAGAUGAAAAUUAAUUUAACAUUCAUGUUGAAAAUUAUUUCUCUUGAGCUGCUAAAUGUUCUAAAUAAAUAAUUUUCAUGCAGAAAUGCUUAAAUGUUUUGAAAUUCAAGUAUAAUUACAAAUAUUAAAUCCAUCAAAGCAAUGAAUUCUUUUGUAACAAUAUCUAAGUUAUUAUUAUGUUUCUUUGUGGAAAAUAAUAUAAUAAAACAUAAUUUAAACCAAAAUCAUGAUAUAUUUUUUACAUUCUUAAUGUGAUGUUCCAUUUGUGCUAAGUAAUAUACAAAAUGUAGAAUUUGAAGAGGGUUUGUUUUUUCACUAUAUCAAAUGAGUACAUUUGUUCUGCUGGUGUAUUAGUCCAUAGACUUAAGUGUCAAAUAUCAAAUUAAAUCAGAGAAACCAAUGAGACAUCAAAUACUACUGUUUGCAAAUAAAUUUCUCAAAAAAACAGUGUGUGUGUGUAUACCACGUGAAUAAAUUACGUCAUAAUGCUACGUCGGAAGGCAACAUUUUGAUUAAAAUGAAUACUUAAAUCAAAGAUAACUUUUCUUUUACUACACCAUUUUUAAUAAAACAAAGGGCAGUCUAUGCCGCUUAAAGAGCCCCGCCUUUGUUUCAUUAUCGAAGUUUGAUAAGGUGAUUAGUUUCAUCAAACACUCCGACAAACCUGUUUCCAAAAUAAUGUUUUGACAGUGCUCUGUCUGAGUGCUCUGUCAGACAGCAGUAUUGUGAAAAAGGUUUGUCAAAGUGUUUUAAGUAACUAAACUUUCAAUCAAACUCUGUUAAAAGACCAAAGGCGGGGCCCAGUUAGCGGCAUAGACUGUGCUAUCUUUCAUUUUAAAUGGUGAAGCAAACUGUACAUGUAUGGAUCCCUAAAAUGUGGUUGUUUAAGUCCAACUCUUUAGUUGUAAGUUCUAAACAAUAAGUAAGAGUAUAAUAUGUCGAAUUGCAAGUGAUGGCAGUCAGUUUGUUUGAUGAGUGAAUCAGAUCAGCAGGCUCUAGAUUUUGCAUUUCAUCUAAAACUCACUUAAUGGAUUUAGGCAAAGUUAACGCCUCGAUCGUUCAUUGCCUUAAAAAGCAUUGAAAGCUUAAGCUAAUUUGCAAACUGUAGUAUUUCUUUAAGAAUUAAUGAAACAUUUUUAUUACAGGGACUCUUUCAUAGAUUUUGUGGGCAAGGUUUAUUUUUUAAAAACUCUGUUAAAAUUCAGUGAAAUAGCACAAGACAGAAUCUUGCAGACACACCUUUGAAUAAAAUUUUGGAAAUAUAAGCCUAAAACCUUUCUACUUGAAAAAAGUUACUAAUGAUUUUCAGCAAAAUAGAGCAUUUUCGGACACAUUUUUAAAUACUUAUUAACAAUAUAGUACUAAUUUUGUCUUUUGGCGAUGUUAUAUCAUUGAAGCAAGCAUUUUGUUUACAUUUCACACAAAUUCGUUUUGAUGUCAUGUGGCGCCUACAAAAUCUGAAUGAGUUCCUUUAAAUUAAAUAAUUAUAUUGAAAAAUGGUUGGCUGCCUUUAAUAUUUUAGUCAAGCCUAAAAUCGUUAUUUAAAUUUGUGUGCGGUUGAUAGUCUUAAUUUUGUAUAGGCUUAUUUAUUUUGGUUCAAAUACAGUUUUAUAAUCAAUAAAUGCUUAAAGCUUAACAGAUUAGACAUUUUUCAUUUUGAAAAAUAACUGUUACAUAUUUGUUUUUUGACCAUCGUUGUUUAUCGAUAUUGUUUGUUUCCGGUUAAAAUUGAAAAAUGGCAGAUUUAAUGUUGAAGAGUUAUAUUUUUGAAAGCUAAUAAUUGAUAUAUAGUUGAAAUAUCCUUUUUAAAUCAGUUCAUCUUAUGCUCAUUUUUGAGAAAGAUGUCAAUCUAAGGGUUGAUUGUUAUUUUCAUGCAUUCACGCAGUAAUAAUGUAUGAGUCUGGUUUUGGGAAUCCAUGGAGCGCUUUUUGGGACAUCCAAAAAAUUGCCUGAGCAUUCAUACUGUAUGAACGCAUGAAAAGUAUGAAUCAAUUGUUAUAUUUUGAUCUUUUUGUUUAAAUUGAUUUGAUGUAAGAAAGAAACUAUUUCAGGUAAAAUAAAGGAUAGAAAUAUAUAUAUAUGUGACCAGUAAUUAAUGUUUGUUAAAAGAAAUGGAGGAUAUUCAAACGCCGUUUACCAUUGGUCAAUUGACAUCAACUGAUGUCCAAUCAGAGUGCAGCAUUGAAAUAAACAAUGACAUCGCUAAGAAAAGUGCUUUUUGCAAAAUGAAUUGUCAAUUUUUCUGUUAAGGUAAGCCAUCCAUCAUUAGGAUGCAAAGAUGUGUUAGUGCAUUUUAGGUAUUAACAUCCAGAUUAUUUCUAUGUUUAAUCCAUUUUUAUUUUUUUUGCAUUGAUUACAUUUUUAAAUUACACCUUAAUGACGCUAUUAUAACUGUGAUAUAUAUAAAAGGGAGGUAAUAAAAAUAACUUAACUAUGAUAAUAAAAGAAAUUUUAUUAAAUUUGUUUCUUUAAAGUAUAAUGCCUAUAUAUGAAAACUCUAGGUGAAAACUUAAAAAAUAUUCAAACUUAACAAGAUGUGACUUUAAAACGAAACUUUACCAGUAGCAUUUUCUAUAUAUUGAUGGAUGGAUUUCCUUAAUAACAUGUCUCUAUAACCGAUUGUUUUUUUUAAAAUUACUUUUCAUUUUUUGAAGUAAGGUCAUUAUUACAAACAAUUUAAACUCUCUUUUGAACUAUUCAUGUUAUGUUGUAACCUGUUAAGACUUUUUCCUGAUAUUUGUAGUCAAACAAACGAAUCUCAAUUUGUUAUUAUUGUAUCCAAGACCUGUUUAGGCUGAUGAGGAGAAUAAAUGUUUGUGGGCA